AUGGCGUCGACGUCGUCCAGUAUCUCUACCCCUGAACAACGGCCAGAGGCAGGUCCUUUGCCUGUGAAGCGAGGAGAAAUUGGGUUUUCAGAGGAGCUUCACGGGCAGAGAGAGCAGGCGAGAGCGACCACGCCGACUUCGACGCUUCCAAUACGGCAUCCUGCUGAUAGGGACGCUGUUCCUGACAUAAUCGCCACUCCUGCAAAUCCAACUCCAUCCUCACCUUCAUCCAACAAUACCCCCCGGUCCAACAAGCCUUUUCUUACCUUUUGGAAGCGCGAUACAACGCUCGGUGGAGUGCAGCUAACGACCCUGUUGGCUUUCUUGGCACAGCUAUUCCUCCUGAUUGGAACCAUAUCAGCAUGGGUUGCUGCGGCACAAUACCUGUCGCGAGCAGCAGCGGGAGGUCCAAUGGCAAACAGUUCGGUCAUUUUUCUGGGCAUCCUGGGCCAGCUCCUAUUCCUCGAGCGAUACGCUUUCUUGCAUUCGGGCGAGGUUCUUCCUACCUCUCACAGGCGGUCGUCCAUGAGCACAACCAUGUCAUAUGCGCCUUGGCAUCGGCCACCAUUACCAACGUACGCUGCUACCCUCGCUCAGAGUGGAGUUGCACUGCUUUUGCUGAGCGGGUUUCUUAGAGACAGUUUGAGGGCACAACGGCCGAUGUCUGGCCAAAGCAGCAGGCCUUUGAGCUAUGUAAGCCAGGAUGAGCAAUGGGAAGCAGUUCAGGACGCGGAGAGAGCGAGAAAGCUGGAAGAAACACUGGCCAGGUUGGAACGGCCGACAUCGUAUACGCGUGCACGUUGA